CCUUACCUCGCGCCCGUGGUGAGAGGGUUCGAAGAUGGCGGCGCGCAAGGGUAGGCGGCGCACAUGUGAAACCGGGGAACCCAUGGAGGCCGAGUCCAGCGACGCAGGGACCGAAGGCCCGGCCCAGGUGUACCUGCCGGGUCGCGGACCGCCGCUGCGAGAAGGAGAGGAGCUGGUCAUGGACGAGGAGGCCUACGUGCUGUACCACCGAGCGCAGACUGGAGCCCCCUGCCUUAGCUUCGACAUAGUCCGGGAUCACCUGGGAGACAACCGGACAGAGCUCCCUCUUACACUUUACCUGUGUGCUGGGACCCAGGCGGAGAGCGCCCAGAGCAACAGACUGAUGGUGCUUCGGAUGCAUAAUCUGCAUGGGACAAAGCCCCCACCGUCAGAGGGCAGCGAUGAAGAGGAGGAGGAGGAAGAUGAAGAGGAUGAAGAAGAGCGGAAGCCUCAGCUGGAGCUGGCUAUGGUGCCCCACUAUGGUGGCAUCAACCGGGUCCGGGUGUCGUGGCUGGGGGAGGAGCCGGUGGCUGGGAUAUGGUCGGAGAAGGGCCAGGUGGAGGUGUAUGCGCUGCGGCGGCUCCUGCAGGUGGUGGAUGACCCCCAGGCCUUGGCGACCUUCCUCCGGGACGAGCAGGCCCGUGUGAAGCCCAUCUUCGCCUUCGCUGGCCACAUGGGCGAGGGCUUUGCACUUGACUGGUCCCCCCGUGUGUCUGGGCGCCUGCUGACCGGUGACUGUCAGAAGAACAUCCACCUGUGGACACCGACGGACGGCGGCUCCUGGCAUGUGGACCAGCGGCCAUUUGUGGGCCACACACGCUCUGUGGAGGACCUGCAGUGGUCCCCAACUGAGGACACAGUGUUCGCCUCAUGCUCAGCUGAUGCCUCCAUUCGCAUUUGGGACAUCCGGGCCGCCCCCAGCAAAGCCUGCAUGCUUACCGCCGCCGCUGCCCACGACGGGGAUGUCAACGUCAUCAGCUGGAGCCGCCGGGAACCCUUCCUGCUCAGCGGCGGGGAUGACGGUGCCCUCAAGAUCUGGGACCUGCGGCAGUUCAAGUCUGGCUCCCCGGUGGCCACCUUCAAGCAGCACAUGGCCCCCGUGACCUCAGUCGAGUGGCACCCCCAGGAUAGCGGGGUUUUCGCGGCCUCAGGUGCAGACAACCAGAUCACACAGUGGGACCUGGCUGUGGAGCGGGACCCCGAGGCAGGCGAGGUGGAGAGCGCUGACCCCGGGCUGGCAGGCCUCCCGCAGCAGCUGCUGUUCGUGCACCAGGGCGAGACGGACCUGAAGGAGUUGCACUGGCAUCCGCAGUGUCCCGGGCUCCUCGUCAGCACGGCGCUGUCGGGCUUCACUGUCUUCCGCACCAUCAGCGUAUGAUGCGCCUGCUGCGGCGGCCCCAGGCCCUUCACUUGGCCGCCAAGGCCAGAGCUGGGUCCGCGGGC